ACCUCUCAAACCGCGCCUCUACUCUCGCGUGACUUCACUGUUUAGCUCGUAGCAGCGGAGCUAUCGGCGGCGCUCUGUUUUAACGGAACCCACUUUCGGCUUUAUUUGCUCUAAAAUCGUACAUUUCUCAUUAUUGGUUUGCAGCGCGUUAGCAUCAGGUUAGCACGAGUGGCUAACGGAAGGAAGGAAGGAGGGACCAGACUAGGCACGCUACAUCGGCCGCUUUUCUCUUCUUCUUUCUCGAAACGAAACCACAUCUGGACCGAAGCAAACGUGGAAAGGAGUGAAACAAACCAUCAGCCAUGUCUAAACCAGAGUCUCCCAUAAAGUCCAGAUCCAAGUCCAGAUCCAGAUCCAGAUCUUACUCCAGGUCCCACUCCAGGAGCCGGUCCAGAUCCAGGUCCAGGAAGCGCCGCUACAGGUCAGUUAACUCCAGGUCACGUUCCCGCUCCUACUCUCCGUCCUACAGGAACUAUCCGUCCAGGGACUACCAGAACAACCGCGGAGGCUACAAUCGUGGAUACAACCGCGGCUACCGGAGGCCCUUCCACUACCGGGGCCGUAACCGCGGAUACCACCACCGCGGGGGGCACUACCAAAACCGUGGGGGCGGGUAUGGGUACAAGUCCAACUGGCAGGGAGGCGGCUGGCACGACAAAGACCACAGCCCGCGCAGAGGCCGCUCUCGCUCCCGCUCCAGGAAGAGAUCUGGGAGCAGGUCCAGGAGCAGGUACUCAGACCGCUCCUCCUCCAGAGGCUCCAGGAGGUCCAGAAGAUCCAGGUCCUACUCAUCCAGGUCUCGGUCAUCGUCUCACCACCGCAAAGGUAAAACUGUGAAGGACCAUAAGAAGCCGGCAGAGUCUCCAGGGGCCAAACCUGGACCGGAGGGCAGUGCCAUCGAGAAGGCCUCAGGAGGAAAGUGGAUCGACUAUGAGACCAGCCCGAAACCCUCCAGCCCUGACAGAGCACAGGCUGCUGCUAAGAAGGAAGACUCUGGCGUAGAGAACAAGGGCCCAGGGUCUGGGGGUCCCAUGUGGAGGACCAUAGGCUCUGUGUCUCCGCCCAAACCGUCACCUCCGGCAGCCGCUCAGACCGCCGCGUUCGGAGGAUUCGGAUUCUUCUCAAAGGAGGAGGCUUCCCCUAGUGACAAAGCAGGAAUAUCAGCCGCCUUCAAGAAAUUUUUGGCUGAAAAUAAAGGUAAAAAAGAGGAGGAUGCCGCAGAUGUGGACAAAGCUAAGGGAGAUCUGUACAGCUCGUUCAGUGAGAAGGACGACAAAGAGCUGCCCUUCUUCGACGCCGGAGAAGAGGAGUUCCUCAAGGCUCACGUUUUAAAAGACGACGAGGAGGAGGGAGGGGUGAAGAGCAGCAUCUCCGCCCGAGAACUGUUUGGGAAGUGGGGGGAUGAGCCAGCUUAUCCCACCGCCUACCCCAUCAAAGACAAGGCUCGCAGAGACCCAGAUGAGCCAGAGGGGGCACCAGAGGAGGAGCCCUACCGCCGCAAACACAAGAAGGAGGAGAAGAAGAAGAAAGAGAAGAAGGAGAAGAGGAGGAGCCCGUCCCCGAGAGAGAAAGAGCGCCCCCUGUUCCCCGGAGCUUUCCCUGCACGCGCAGACUCCCCUCCCAGACUGGCUGCCUCCAGAGAAGAGUUUGAACAGAAAGUGAGCUCCAUGGGGCUGGACGAACUACCCAGGGACGUGAUUCCAUCAAAGAAAGACGCAGAGUUCCGCUCCAUUUUCCAGCACAUCCAGGGGAGCCGCCGCAGCCCCUCGGAGCUGUUCGCUCAGCACCUGGUGUCCAUCGUGCACUACAUCAAAGCUCAGCACUUCCCGUCUGCAGACAUGUCUCUGAGUGAGAGGUUUGCUCUGUACCAAAAGAAAGCCGAGGAGGCAGAACUGAUGAAGCCGCGAAAGAGCCCCGAGAUACACAGGAGAAUUGACGUGUCGCCCAGUGCGUUUAAGCGUCACUCCAGUCUGUUUGAGGAGGUGGAGGAGAGCGGAUUUAAGGAGACAGGUAAAAAGUUCAAAGGAGACGUGAUGGACUUGCGCUUGGACAUUGAGCGCAGAAAGAGAUUGUCUGGAAAAGGGCGCAGUCCUGGAGGCAGCCGGGAGAGGUCCUCGGAGAAGGCCGGGAAACACCACAAGAAAUCCAAAAAAGCAAAGAAGAAGCGUGACCGCUCGCCCUCCUCCUCUUCAUCCUCCUCCUCUCCCUCCCCUUACCCUCCUCCGUACAGGGGCAAAGAGUACAGCGAGGGCCCUAUGGAGCACCCAGAGGAGGGCUACCCCCACCAGAGGUACCCCCCUCACGGCUACGGCCCCGGGGACAACCGCGGGCCCCGAGAGUACGAGGGCCACGGCAUGGACCGAGGACGAGGGAGAGGAUUUUUUCCCCGAGUUCGAGGCCGAGGCUGGAACAGGGGCAACUACCAGGGCAACAGUAGUAAUGGAAACCCAGCCAACAUGAACCCACAACAGCGCCCCCCAGAGGAAGAGUGGGACCCAGAGUAUACACCCAAGAGCCGCAAGUACUACCUGCACGAUGACCGCGACGGAGAGAAGACGUGGGUGGACAACCGCGGACGAGGAAGAGGAGCGUUCCCAAACCGCAGAGGAAGAUUCGUUUACCGUAAAGGAGGAGCCGGAGGAACCAGCCCCAAGUGGACCCACGACAUGUACCAGGGCGGAGAGGAGGGAGAGAUACACGACGAAGGCUGUGAUGACAAGGGCCCGGGAGACAGCAAACCAUAGACCCGACCUGGGACGAGACCGGACCUGGACUAAACUAGACCUGGACUAAACUAGACCCACGACAUGUACCAGGGUAGAAGAGGGACAGAUUCACGAUGAAGGCUGCAACAGGAAAGGCCAGGAGGACGACAAACCAUAGAUCUGACUGAGAACUAGACUGGAGACGAGACAAAACCUAGGACUAGACCAGGUUUAAGAGUCUAGACCAGACCAGGGACUAAACCAGGUUUGAACAACUCCAGUGGUUUAAUAUGGAGUUAUUCUAGUAGCGCUGGACACCAAUUCAACUUAACACAUGAAUUUAUAUGUCAAAACUUCUGUCAAAUCAGAAAAAUGUUGAGAAUCCCCCUAAAACCUGUAUCAUAAGAGAUUAUUCACUGCACCUGGUUUGAGACACUGUACAAAACUGCCUUGUAGACAUUUUGAAGCUGUGCACAUUUUAAGUCCAGUUAUGAUGAGGAGUAAUAGAAUUGAAACGCAAAAUGACAAAUCACUCACCACAGCAGAGCCACGUGACACUCUCCAACAAGAAAUGUACAGAAAGGCAAAGAACAUAUUAGAAUCCCCAUCGAAUGUUGCUUGUUGGAGUCAUCUCUAUUUUUUUUUCCUUUUUUUUUGUGAUCUUGGGCCUUGAUCAGAGAAAAAAAAAGUAAAAUUUUUGGUGGAUUUGUUUUGCAGAUUUGCAGAUAGAAUCAGUUUAUUUAUGAUGCCAGAAUACCGUAUUUUCCACACUAUAGGGCGCUCUGGAUUAUAAAGCGCACUGUCAAUGAAUGGUCUAUUUUCAAAUUUUUUUCACAUAUAAACAGCACCAGACUAUAAGGCGCAUUAAACAAAACACAACAGUUAGAUAAGUCAGUCAAACUUUAUUUAACAUGUUCACAAUAACUCUCAUCUUUGUUCAGUUGUAACAUGUAAAAAAAAUACUGUCUGAGAUGCUUGUUAGAGUAUUCACAAGUUGAUACUGAUCCUUAGCCCAGGCGCCUACCAUCCAUCAGCAGAUCGGUGGCGCAAGUGGCUCGGCGCUGUCUCUCUGUCUUGGUGAAUGUGUGUUCUCCUUUUCUCAUCCACUGCUCCCACGCAGCUCACACUUUCACUUUAUAACAGCCUUGAGUUUAAAGUGGGCGUUGUAAGUGUGUCUCUUGACAGGUGCAUUUUGAUAUUAAAAGGAAUCACAGUAUGUAUUACUCCUGAUGCUCCUGACUACGGGAGCCGUAAUACUUCAAUUGGAGUGGCUUUUGUACUUUACUAAAGUUGUACUAAGACAUCCCAAUAAAUUAAUAUAUAAGGUGCUCUGGAUUAUAAGGUGCACAGUUGUUUGAUUAAAUUAAAGGCUUUUAAGUGCGCCCUAUAGUGUGGAAAAUACGGUCAAUUUGACAUUAAAAACAUAAUACAAAAAAUAUUGCUCACAUAUGCAAUUCCACUUAAAAUGUGGACAAUUUAUUAUAAUUAACUCUGUAAUCACCUUAAAAAAUAUCAAUUAUUCAAGCCAAUAUAAUUAAUAGCUAGGACUAGACCAGGACUAAACAGAAGAACUAAGUAAACUCUUUCAAAAUUAUAAUUCGAUUAGAGUUGUUAUAAUUCAAAAAUACACUGAGAAAACAUUGCAUUGUUACUAUAAACGGGGGUGCCUCUCCACAGAUCUGACUUGAAAGUUGGCCUGGUGGUGACAAUCUCCACUCCAAGGCAAAAAAAGUAAAAUGUCUUGUCAAAAUCAAGAACAAAUUUGAAGGUUAGACGUAGAUAUUUUUCAAAUUUACUGCCAAAUAUUAGAUUUUCAUGUGAAGGUGUAAGUGUUUUUUGUCACACUUUCCCUUGGAAAAACAUCUCCAUAUUAUCUGUCCAUCUCAAAUCUUCUUAACAAACUCACUCAAAAAAACUUGAAUAAUUCAGCUUUAAAAUGUCACUUUUGGCCCAUUCCUGUGUCCAGUCAGACCGCUCGCGCUGAUCUCCAUGGUAAAUCCUGUGCAUGUUCGUAACCUUCAGUUCAAAAUGUGAAGACUCAAAGCUAUAACUGGUUUUUGCUUACACUUUGUAUCUCAUAGGUCUGUCUUCUGCGAUUUACUUUUGACUUUUAUGAAAAAUAGUAACACAAAUGAAGAUAAAAUAUUGUACAAAUGAAAAGAAACGGCUCCUUUGUUGAAACCACUGUUGGACGCGUCGUGUGAGCGCGGGACGAGCCAGAGGUGUGGGUGUUUUAAACAAAUGUUGGUGAUUGUUGACAGUGCUGCUCUGUAAAUGUAAACGGCAUGUUACUGUAGAAUCCUUUAGUUUGACACUUUUUUACGUCGACCGCUUUCAAAGUACUCGUCUUUUAAUUUUCAAUAAACUUUCUUUGAUUUGA